AUGAAAGUGUCUAGUAUACUAACACUUCUCUUCUACAUCACACAGUCAUAUGCUUUAUGGCCAGUUAAGGAUUUCAGAGUUGAUGAUCUUAAUGAUCCAACCUCAAAAACAAUCAGUUUUAAUAAAAAUUUAGUCUUACAAAAGCAUCAAAGAAAGCAAACUGUUCUUAACAAUCAAGACCCUGACAAUUCUAAUAAUAAUAACAAUCAAAAUGUACCCAUAAUAGAGUUAGGAAAUGAUGUUCAAAUGCUUCUUACUGAUGUUGAUAACUCUAUCUACUAUUUAAUGACUUCAAUCAUUGAUACCUCAACUAAUUAUAAUGAACAAUUCCCAUUAUUAUUAGAUACUGGUAGUGCUAUCUCAUGGCUUUAUAAUGAAUCAUGUAAUCAAAAUGGUUGUAAUAAUCCCAAUAUUAAUAAAUUCAAUGAUUAUUCCAAACCUUUAAGUCUCGAUUCAAGUUUUCAAUUAUCAUAUACUGGUCAACAAGUUACUGGUAAUACCAUUUCUUUAAUUCAUAAUAAUAUCGAUAUUGUGUUUGGUAAUGAUUUAACUUUUAAUAAUAUCUCGAUUGGAUUAACCAAUGAUUCACCUGAAAUGUUUGAUGGUUAUAAUAUCAGUGGAUUACUUGGGAUUUCUUCAUCAACUGCUGAUUCAAGAAAUUUAAUGCAUCAAUUUUAUGUUGAUCAAGUUAUUGAUCAACAAAUCUUUUCCUUAUUUUUAAUUUCUGCUAAUGAUGAAGAUAUAAAUAAUAGUACUGAAUAUUCUUCAUCCAAUAAUUUACCUCAAGAUUUUGGUGGUUUAAUUAUCUUUGGUUCAAAAGCAUUGGAUUUACAAUCUAAUUUUACAAAUUCAACUCAAGUUCAUUAUACUGAUAUCUUACCUAAUGAUAAUUCUUAUUGGUUAAUUAAUGUCACCAACAUUGAAGUAUCAAAUUUAAUCAAUGAUAUUUCUAAUUUUAAUUCAUCAUCCACUCCAAUUUCUCGUCAAGCCAUUAUCGAUACUGGUACAACUGGGAUUGUAUUUCCCGUUGAAGAUGCCGAUAUCAUUCAUCAACAAUUAUUUGGUGAUUCUUAUAUCACUGAUGGUCAAGGUAAUUAUGCAUUCCCAUGUAAUUCAACCAAUGGUGAUGCCAGUAUAAUUUUUAAUAUUGGAGAUACUCAAUUAAAUUUAUCAAGUACAAAUUUCAUGGGUAAUGCUUAUUCAACUCCUGAUUUACAAGGCUAUUGUGCUUCAAAAAUUCAAGGUAUAAAUGAUUAUGAAUAUUGGGUUUUAGGAGCAGCAUUUCUUAAUAAAUUUUAUACAAUUUUUGAUUUAUCAAAUCAACAAUUAGGAUUUGGUGAAUUAAAUAUUAAUUCAUUUCAAAUUAAAAAUCCAACUCCUUCAUCAUCUUCACCAUCAUCCAUUACUUUAUCUUUACCAACCACUAUAACUUCUUCAUAUUCAUCAUCUUCAUCAUCAACAUCAAAGUCGUCUUCUUCAUCAUCAUCAGUGAGUAAGACUAACUCAACUAAUAAUAAUUCCACAUCUAAUAGAAAAGUCAACGGUGUUGAUACUCAAUUUUCAUUCACUUCAUUACAUUUAUUAGCGAUUGCUGUCAUUGUAUGCAUUUCAAUUGUUUAA